GAGAGCUGGUACCCCUCCAAAAAUUGAGGACAUUUGGGCCUUUUAUUUUAGGAAUGAAUGCUGAUCCCUGUGUGUCUUAUUGUGAGCCUUCUACCAUGGAUUGCUACUACAGUCCUGCAGCUCAGGGCAGGGAGAUGCAGACUUCUUCUCCUUUUAGGGCAUUCCAGCCCAGUGAUAAGUUUAGUCCUUCUUUCCUGGCCAGCAAAGGACAAGGAUUUGGGGACAAGUCCAGAGGGUCUUACCAGCAGGAGUGUCAGCCCUUGGAUGGUAAUUCCCAAAGCGGUGGAGCAGAGCAGCAGGGCUCAUUCACAAAGUACCAGCCUCACAUCUACAUGCAGAACAGUUCAUGCAACAAGUCCCCAGCAGACAGCUUGAAACUACAGGACAGCCCUGGAGACCCCCUCAUCCCCUGCUACGCCAAAGAGAGCUCCCUGACUCCGAACAGCGAUCCACCCGGAAUGGAGAGCGGGUACAUGACAAGCAAAGAUGCCCCUAGCAAGGGAUCCCAAGAGAGACCGGGCAGCGACCUGCCCAUGGACAAGUCCGAGUCGGAGAGCAACAAAGGAAAGAAGAGGAGGAACCGGACCACUUUUACCAGUUACCAACUGGAAGAGUUGGAGAAGGUCUUCCAAAAAACGCACUACCCCGACGUUUACGCCCGGGAACAGCUGGCCAUGAGGACUGACCUAACAGAGGCAAGAGUGCAGGUCUGGUUCCAGAACCGAAGGGCCAAGUGGAGAAAAAGGGAGCGGUUUGGGCAAAUGCAGCAAGUCCGUACCCACUUCUCCUCCGCUUACGAACUGCCGCUCUUAACCCGAGCAGAAAACUACGCCCAGAUCCAGAACCCUUCUUGGAUUGGAGGUAACGGUGGAGGUUCCCCGGUUCCCGCGUGCGUGGUACCAUGUGACACCGUGUCAUCUUGUAUGUCCCCGCACACUCAUCCGCACUCCGCCGGGGCCGUCUCUGAGUUCCUCAGUGUUCCAGGUGCUGGCGCUCACGUUGGCCAGUCACACAUGGGGGGUCUUUUCAGCAGCGGCCCUAUGGGCCCCGGCAUUAAUGGAUACGACUUGAACACCGAGCCUGACCGCAAGAGCUCGAGCAUCGCUGCACUCAGGAUGAAAGCCAAGGAACACAGCGCGGCCAUGUCCUGGGCCACAUGACAGAGCUUAGCGGCGGCAGCAAAUCACGGACGUUGAAAGAAACCUCAUGGACCCGCAAUGCAUCAUGGGGAUGCCCGCUACGUAGUUGCCCAAGGACUAGACGCCAAUCUUGCCAAUGAUCAAAGUGCCCAUUUUUGAAGUGUCUGAAAGCGCUGCACGUUGGGUUAGCAGAGAGCUGAUGGGUUCAUGGACAAUCCAAAUAUUGAUUAUGGUUACUAAUCAGGGAUUUUUCACCCCAAAAACCAAUGGGUGCAUCCACAUAUUAAAGAGCUAGGUGGCAAAGCCUAUCUUUAUCCUUUCUUCAUGCGUUCUUACCUUCUCCCGGCAGCGCCUCCCCGGCAGUGUAUUAUAGCCCCCUCCGAAUAACGGACCGUUCUCUAAAUUCUGGGAAUCUCUGAGAAUCCAUGGGUUGGAUCCAAAGGGGCCCAAAGUUUCAAGACCCGCGCAGAUCAAGGAUCAUCAGCAAAGAGGCACAAAAGCAGACAAUAAUUGUUUUUUUUUCUGUUUAUGUUGGAAAUAGGAUUGCUUUGUGUUUUUUUUUUUUUAUUAUUUUGUGGGUUUUUUUGUGUUAAAUUUACUUUUUUUCCCCGCUUUUCUCUAAUGGGCACAUAGGAGAAGAUGAGUUUUAGGAAGCCAUGAUGUGCUCUUCUGCAGAUGUACAAGAAGCACGCGCCGAACCCCCCCUCUCUCAGCAAAAAAAAUGUUAAAAAAGGAGAAUUUCACCCAAAACACCGGGACACCAUGUAUCCAACACGAGGGGUAUGAUUAAAAAAACAAAAGUAGCCUCCUUCACCUUACCACCGAAAUGGAAGUUCAGAGGAUCUGACCGACCCAUCUACGGCAUCAACGUGUCACUUCCCAGACGGCGGGGUAGGCUUAGCAAUCCGUAACUCGAAAGUUACCCCAUUUUCACUGGAUUAAGUGUUCUCAUCGGUUCCCGCAUUAAAGGUUCUCUUGUUGUUUAAAGCCUUGGAAUAUCUCCAAAGAAACCAUUUCUGGUCUCGACGUUUCAGUGCAGAAGACAGACCUCAGCUUGUAAAUUUCUCCCCGGUGCGGUGGAGCGACACUGCCCCGUCUCCUGGGUCAGUUGAGGUUUUUCUGGAAAUUAAUAUUUACGCUCAGAAAACAGGGCAGAAAUAGAUGCUAACACAAGAUCUGGGACUUAGGGAUGUGGCGUCUACGUAGAAAGCUUUUAGUUCUUCCAGCCAAGAAUGGAAUUAGUAUUUUUUUUUUUUUUUUUUUUUUUUUAAUCUUGUUUCAGAAGAAUAAUUGUGAAAAGAAUGAAAUAUUUAUAGCAUUAACAGAGGAUAUUUAAGUAGCAUUUCAUAAACGAUCCAAAAAAAACAAAAUUGAACAAAAAAAUAUAUAGCAAGACAAUCCAAACUCGUGGCAUUUAGCCGAAAACACAGAUUUUUAAAAAAUAUUAGAAUUUACGGAAUUGAGCCUUAAAAUAUAGUGCCCGCAUUUUUGAAAAGAAGUCAUGUGAUCUGCAGCCAGGAGGUUGAGUCUACAUCAGUCGUAGAACUCAUAUCUGGUAUAACAGGAAGUAGCGUUGGGUCAUGAAGCAACUUCCUGUAGGCGGAAUGUAAGAGGAGAAACGAAUUAUGAUGUCACUUCUGGUUCGGAAGUACAAUUUGUAUCUCCACUCACAGGGAGGAUCCAUAUCCAUGGGCAAAAAUCCCAACACCGAAACCAUAUUAGUUAAAGCUGGAACUCGACAAUGGCCUAAAAUAGUUGUUUUUGGGUUUUUUUCAAGGUUUAGUUGUUAAAAAUGAAAGCUUUCGCUACUUACAAGAAAAAAUGCCUUUCAGCUAAGUGUAAAUCACAAGUAAAGAUGUUCGUGACUGAACGCAUGCUAUUAAAACAGAAGAUAUAUGUGACCUUCGGCCCGAGUGAACAUGCGUGAAAUCCCAGUAGGGUUCGACUCGCAGAUGGUUGUAGGGGGUGGUGGUUGGGAUCGUAGGUUUUCAACGACUAUGAUCGUUAUUGCAUUCAUCUCAUAAUGUUUGAUGAAUUUGUUGAACAUACAUCAGAACAUAAAAAAAUAUAUAUAUAUUUAUUCUCA